CUGAAGAGAUCCAGACAAAAAAUACAGGUACCACGUUGACAAACAGCUGCACUUGUUUCUAAGAAAGUAUUGGGUGUCUAGUCACUGCUUUCCAAAAUGCAUAUUUGACUUAUACAACCCAGGCGAGCUCGCACUCCAGCUUGGCGUUGAGUGUGGUUCGGACGCUCCGAUCAUUUCAUUCAGUUUACUUAUUUUGUAUUUGCGUGGAGGAAACCCCAGACAAUAAGCAGCCAUGGAUGCCAUUAAGAAGAAGAUGCAGAUGCUAAAGCUCGACAAGGAGAACGCCUUGGACAGAGCUGAGCAGGCCGAGUCAGACAAGAAAGCAGCUGAGGACAGGAGCAAACAGCUUGAGGAUGACCUGGUAGCCCUGCAGAAGAAGCUGAAGUCAACUGAGGAUGAGUUGGACAAGUACUCUGAGGCCCUGAAGGACGCCCAGGAGAAACUUGAACUAGCUGAGAAGAAAGCUGCAGAUGCUGAGGGAGAUGUAGCUUCCCUGAACAGACGUAUCCAGCUGGUUGAGGAGGAGUUGGACCGUGCUCAGGAGCGUCUGGCCACAGCCCUGACCAAGCUGGAGGAGGCAGAGAAGGCUGCUGAUGAGAGUGAGAGAGGCAUGAAGGUCAUUGAGAACCGGGCCAUGAAGGACGAGGAGAAGAUGGAGUUGCAGGAGAUCCAGCUGAAGGAGGCCAAACAUAUUGCAGAAGAAGCUGACCGCAAAUACGAAGAGGUGGCACGUAAGCUUGUGAUCAUUGAGAGUGACUUGGAACGUACAGAAGAGCGCGCUGAGAUGUCUGAGGGCAAAUGCUCUGAGCUUGAGGAAGAGCUGAAAACUGUACAGAACAACCUGAAGUCUCUGGAGGCCCAGGCAGAAAAGUACUCACAGAAGGAGGACAAGUACGAGGAGGAGAUCAAGAUUCUCACAGACAAGUUGAAGGAGGCUGAGACUCGUGCUGAGUUCGCUGAGAGAUCAGUCGCCAAGCUUGAGAAGACCAUUGAUGACCUGGAGGAUAAACUCUCACGUGCUAAAGAAGAAGGCCUGAGCGUAAAGCAGAUGCUGGAUCAGACUCUAAUGGAGAUGGUAAACCUUUGACCCAGCUCUGCUCCUCUCCACACUUUGCCUCAUCUGCUCUGAAUAUGGCUGGCUCCCAUAUAUGGCUGCUACAGAUGAUGUUGGGCCUUGUGUUUAUGUUUCCGCUGACCUUGUGAUCCUGAAGAAAAGAGCUCUAGAUAAGGUAGCACACACACUUCUCCGGUUUAACUACACUGUUUCCGUUUCACACUGUAAUCAAAUGUCUGUUAAAAUCCACUGCAUAUCGUCAAUACCUUUACAUGUACACUGUGCACAGUUAUUAGGCAAGUUGUAUUUUUGAGGAUAAUUUUAUUAAUGGAACAAUUACAGUGCUCUUUGUAGUUCUCAAUAGGGUUUGGGUCUGAAGAAGGGUGCCAGGUCAUUUUUCUUUCAUCUUUAAAGGCCCUUACUUUGAUCCAUGCUAUUCAGAAUCCCUUUAUUCGUCCCACAGAGGGGAAUUUACAUUUUAUUGAGCAUUGUCCUUCAUAAAAUCAUGGUCUUCUUGAAAGAUGCAGACUUCUUCCUGUACCACCGAUGGAAGAAAGUGUCUUCUAAAACUCGCAGUAGGUUAGGGAGUUGAUUUUGAGUCCAUCUUCAACCCGAAAAGUUCCAACUAGCUCAUCUUUAAUAAUACCAGCACCCCGCCUCCACCUUGCUGGCAUCUAGGGCGGUGGUGGCGAAGUCCAUAGGGGCUUGGCCUGGGAACUGGAAGGUCAAGUCCCCGAAAGACCAAGUGCCACCGUGGUGUCCCUGAGCAAGACACUGGUUACCUACACUGCUCCCCGGGCGCCGUACAUAAUGGCAGCCCACUGCUCCUAACACUAGGAUGGGUCAAAUGCAGAGACCGCAUUUCGUUGUCCUAGUACUUGUACUCUGUGCAAUGACAAUAAAGUUGAAUCUUUCAUCUGAGUCGAAAUGGAGCUCCAUAGCCUAUAGAUCCAGCCAAGGGCUCAUCCAUCUGGUCUGUCCAGAGUCACCCUCAUCUCAUCAGUCCAUCAAACCUUUGAAAAAUCUGUCUUCAGAUAUUUCUUGGCCCAGUCUUGACGUUUCAACUUAUGGUUCUUGUUCAGUGGUGGUCGGGUUUCAGCCUUCCUUACCAUGGCCAUGUCUCUGAGCUCUGAACUUCUUGUAUUUUCGGGCCCUCCAGGUAGGUUGCAGUUCUGGAAUAUGACAGCACCGGAGGAUAAUGGCUUCCUGGUAGCUUCGCGUUUGAUUCUUCUCAGAUAUUUGGCAGUUCAUUUGUGUCUUUUUUUUCAACACGUCUCUUGCCUCCCUGUUUACCAUUUGCAACAAAAAGUUUGAUGGUUCUGUGAUCACGCCCAAAUAUCUUAGCAAUUUCAAGAGUGCUUUAUCCCUCUGAAAUACUUUUUACAAUGUUUAACUUCUCGAAAGUCAGUUAAAUCUCUUUUUUGGCCCCUUUUGCCUGAGGAAAAGAAGCUGCCUAAUAAUUAUGCACACCUUGAUAUAGGGUGUUGCUCUCCGUAGGCCACACCCUCCCUCAUUACACAAAUACACUUCACCUGUUAUGCUCCAAUCCAAUACGCAUUCAAGUUUAUACAGCUUGGUGUUGGAAAAUAAGCAUACAAAUUCUUGUUAUGGUCAAAAUACUCAAUUGCCUUUUAAUUGUGCACACAGUGAAUAAGUCUGGAGAAUUUGCACUUUUUGGAGGAAACAUACUGCACAUAAUCAUCGUCAGCAAAGUCAUAAAUUAAGCCAAGGUCAUAUAAAAGGGACUUUUAUUAUGUGUACUUUUGUGAAGAUGCUUGUGUGUCUUUGUUUCUUCAGUAUUCUAAACAUUUGAAUGUUGAACACAGUUUAUCAAUGAAGGAAUUCUUAGCACAGUUGCUUGAAUGUACCGUUUUGACCGGCUAAGUAAAAGAAAUGUUUACACACUGUACUCACUUUUACGUUCAUUUCAAAAACUGAUUCUUUUUAAUUUGUCUUGAAAUGUAAAGAUCAUGAAUAAACAGUUGGAUCAAAUAUCA